UGCACAAGUAUUUCUGAUGAAAAUUUCUACAAUACCGAUUUGGGGGCAACGAAAAGCCCGGUGUUUCAAAAGCGUGUGAGCUACGAUAACUGCUGCUGCUGAUGAUGAUGAUAAUAAAGAAGAAGAAGAAAUUGGUGGGCAGGGUUUUGUAUUACUCGGCAGAAACCCUAAGCCCUAAUCUGUACCAUAGGCUGAUUGGUUUUCAUGAGCCUUCGAUUGUCCCGGUUCUAGACCAAUGGGUUGGAGAAGGAAGGCCCCUUGAUCGACCAGAUCUCCACAAGAUUCUCAAACAGUUCCGCAAAUUCGGUCGCUACAACCACGCUCUCCAGAUAUGCCAGUGGAUGGAUGACAAGUCAUAUCUUGAUAAUUCACAAAAAGAUGAUCCAGUUAGGCUGGAUUUGAUAUCAAAGGUUCACGGUAUAAGGCAAGCAGAGGAAUAUUUCAAUAAAAUUCCAGAUACUUCAAGGGUCUGGCAGCUUUAUGGCGCCCUUUUAAAUUGCUACGCGGAAGCACGAUUAUUAAAUAAAGCAGAAGCCACCAUGCAAAAGAUGAGAGACUUAGGGUAUACAAAGUCAUUGGCCUACAAUGUUAUGAUGGGUUUGUAUUCUGCUACAAACAAAUAUCAGAAACUUGACCUUUUAAUCGAAGAAAUGGAUCAAAAAGGCAUUCAGAUUGAUAAAUUCACGUAUUGCAUUAGAUUAAAUGCGUAUGCAAAAGCUUCUGAAAUCCAAAAAAUGGAGAUGCUUUUGUUGCGAAUGGAAGCUGACCCUGAGGUCAGAAUGGAAUGGCAUGCUUACACAACGGUGGCAAACGGAUAUCUAAAAGCAGGUGACACAAAAAAGGCGCUGACCUGUUUAAAAAAAUCUGAGUAUCUCAUAAAACCGAGUCAACGAAAGUCAGCUUAUGAGAAUCUACUCACUCUUUAUGCAAGUGCGAGCCGAAAAGAUGAUGUUUAUCGCGUAUGGAAUCUUUACAAGAAUCUUGGAAGGCUUUACAAUCAUGGUUAUCUUUGUUUCAUGAGCUCACUUGCUAAACUGGACUGUAUUGAGGAUGUUGAGAAAGUAUAUCAGGAGUGGGAAGUGCGCUACAAACGCUUUGAUCUCCAAGUUCCAAAUCUUUUGGUUACAGUAUACUGCAAAAAGGGUCUUCUUGAAAAGGCGGAAGCAACAAUACAAGCCCUUACAGAGAGUGGAAAUGAGCCAAAUGCAUCCACGUGGUCUCGUUUGGCAUUGGGUUAUGUUAGAAAUGAUGAAAUGGACAAGGCAGUGGAGGCAAUGAGGAAAGCUGUUUUGAGCGGUUUUCCAAGGUGGACUGUUGACACCGCCACUUUGUCUGCGUGUUUAGAUUAUUUGAACCGUGAAGGGCGUUUAGACGAGGGAGAGGAAAUGAUCAAAUUACUCAAGGAAAAAGGCCAUUUAUCGGAAGAAGUUUAUAAGAGUGUAGUGAAAUUUGUUUAACAUGUUAAUGGUCGUUGGAGGAUAAAGUGAUUGUAAUGGUCAUUUAGACCAGACCAAAUAUGUGAAGAAAUCUUGCAUUUUGAUUAGAGUAUCACACAACACCUGGCUGGCAGCAGGGAGGAAUUUUGAUCUUUUUAAUUUGGGUUGCAACUUAGGAAUAAGGUGUUGGUUCUUAUGGAGAAAACUGAAGGAGAGACGAUUCUUUUUUGCUGUUAUCAUUUAUUUAGUGAGCUGUUGUCCGGGAAGUUGUUUAUGCUGCUGGUUUAUUUGGUAAACAGAUCAACUUUGAAUAACAAAAUUUUUGUUCAUGUCCAUUUAUUUAGAUUCUUUUCCAUU